AUGCCUCAAACGCGACCUCAAGGAGUUCGAGGCGCACGAAUUCUUCGCUCCGGCAAGACAAUUCGACCUCUCGUUCCACGAUCCAACUCCCACAAAAUCACCUCACCUCUCCUGUUGUCGACUUCGAAGCGUUUGUCCAAAAGGGGAAGACAUGAACCGUCUCAACUGUUGGCGGACGCAUUUGAAGAAAUCAUGGCAGAAUCCCAAACGGCUCUGUCGUCUCAGACAAGCUCUUUCACCUCGGACAACUCAGCAGCAGAUUCUAGCAUCGUCGCCACCGUCCAUAAUGUGGCAGAUCCUGAUACCAGAGCGCGGAGCCCAGGGGACUUACCUUCUUUCGACUCUGAGGCCGUGGGACUUCCCUUCGAUGGACUCUGGGACCAUGACGCUGCCUACGACCGGAGAUAUUGUUACAGCCAUGGAGAGUACGAGUAUCUAUUGGAUACUAAGGAUCGGUGGAUGCGUCCAAAGGAUUUUGUCCCGGCUAACGCCGUGACUGGGUUGAAGGCUAAGGAGCUUGACGCCGAGAUCAAGUUGGAGAACCUCCACAGUAUGGCUCUGGUCGAUCUUCAAGAUCGGAUGUUGGCCUUAGACCCGCAUGCACGGAAGUGUCAAGCAGAGUGCGGAGGCGCCCUUUCUCAUGUGCAUGCUGUCAUCCAGAAAAAGGAACAGGCUGGUGUAGCGCUCUAUCGGAUCAAAUGGAAAACUUGCUGGACCCCGGAAAGCAAACUCAGUGAUGAAGCUUGGCUUCUGGGAUCCCUGCAAGCAAACAAAGACCCGCGUCGCCGGCGUAGCCUGCGACAGAGAGACAACUUGAAAGAGCAGGAGUAUCAUCAGAAUGUGAUGCGGGUCAAGAAGCUUCGUAAAGUCUAUUGA